AUGGCGACCUCGAACCCCGGCUACGACGAAAGGGCCAUGUACCCGAUCGACAAGCCCGAGACGACGUACUCGGACAAGAUUGAGCCUCACUCAUCCGACCUCGAGGUGAACCGACACUAUGAGGACAUUGACGAGGGCUACGACCCCAACUUCAUCAAGCGCGUCACGCGCAAGGUCGACAUGCGCCUGAUUCCCAUCCUCUCGCUCAUGUACUGUAUCUCGCUGAUCGACCGUACCAACCUCUCGAUCACGCGCCAGGCCAACAACAUGCGCAUGAACAAGGAGCUCGAGCUGAUCGGUAACCGUUACUCGAUCGCGACCAUUGUUUUUCUCGUCAUGAUCGGCAUGGGUUACUCGCACAACUGGAGCAUGCUUGCGGGACUCCGCGCUCUCCUCGGUGUGUUUGAGGCGACGCUGUUCCCCGGAGCGGCCUUCCUCAUCGGAUGCUGGUACCCGCGCAAGCAGAUGGCCACGCGCAACUCGUUCUUCUACACGACGUCGAUCGUCGUAUCUGGUCUCUCUUCGAUUCUCGGCUGGGGUAUCUCGCAGAUGGACGGCAUGCGUGGACUCGGCGGUUGGCAGUGGAUCUUCAUCAUCGAGGGCGUCAUCACCGUCCUCGUUGGCCUCCUCGGCUACGUCCUCAUCCACGACUUCCCGGACAAGGCGCGCUUCCUGAACGAGACUGAGCGCGAGAUGGUCCAGACCCGUAUCCAGCGCGACCGUGGUGACGCCAAGCCCGACCCGCUCACCAUGAAGAAGUUCCUCACCUACCUCUGCGACGUCAAGCUCUGGGUCUGGGGCUUCAUGUUUGGUUCUUCGACUGUCGGCUCCUACUCUCUCGCCUACUUCCUCCCGGCCAUUCUCGCCUCGAUGGGCUUCGACAACGCGCUCGCCCAGAUCCUCAUGGCUCCGCCUUACGUGUGGUGUAUUGUGCCCUCUAUCGCGACCUCGAUUGUGGCGGACCGUUACAAGCAGCGCGCUGCCGCCGUCGCCUUUAACGCUCUUACCUUGAUCAUCGGCACUGUCGUCUACUCCCAGCUGCCCGCCCACCAGAAGGCGGCUCGCUACGUGGGUAUCUUCCUCGCCAUCGGAGGGUGCAACUCGAAUGUUCCCCUCAUUGUUGCGUGGGCCCAGUCCAACAUUCGCGCCCAGUCCAAGCGCGGCUACGCCUCAGCUCUUAUCGUGGCCUGGGGUGGAAUUGGCGGAAUUCUCGCAGGCGUUGUCUUCAUGGACAAGGAGCGCCUCACCGGAUACCCCACGGGUGUCUACUUCACCAUCGGCAUGAACUCGAUGGUUAUCAUCUUCUGCGCGGCCAUGAAGCUCAUCUUCCGCCACCAGAACAAGCGCGCCGACCGUGGCGACGUCGUCCUCGAGGGCUCGCCCGAGUUCCGCUACCAGGCGCAGUCAGACAAGUCUUGGUUGAAGGGAGAGCGGCUUUGCCAGCGAAACGUGAUCGUUGAUGACCGAGGUUGGCGGAUGGGCGAUUGGUUACGUCACAAGAUGCCGAGGUUGGUGGGUAUUCCAUGGACUUCGGUCUGCCCUUCUGCCCUUGAGCUGCGCGGGCAUUCCCACAUCAGCUCGUCAUUGCAAACUCACGCUUUGCUUCUAUCUUCUGCUUACCUGUCUCGGCUCACACUCUGUCUCAGCCCUCGUCUCAGCCUCACGCCUCACCUUCACAUCUGCUCCGAGCAGGACCGCGAGACAACAGCGACAACAGCGACAAUGGCCAAACCCGACCAGAAAGCGCAGGACGCCUGGGGCUCCUGGGCCUCCAACCUCUACGACCGCGCGUACGGCAUCCCCCUCGCCUCGUCUUUGGGGGACGUAUUCGAGUCUUCGCCGAAGACAGGCGGCGCCGGCGCCGAAUGGGUUGAUACAGCGCUCAGCGUGCCAAUCUACGAAGCAAUUGCGCGCGGCGAUGACCUGCUCUCCGACAUCACCCAGGGACGGAUCGUCAGUCGCUGGCUGGAAUUCUGGGCCACGAACCCCAAGGGGCUGGGCGACACGACGUCGGGCGUCUUUGAGAUUCUGGCGAAGGAGCCAAAGGUCGACGACAAGGACGACGCUGGGCUGAAGGCUCUGGCGGGCAAGGCGCGCGACGCGGCGAAGAAGGUCCGCGCCGGGGAGAAUGUGGGCGAGAAGGGCGGGCUGGUGCGUGCCGGCCCCGUUGCGCUCGCAUACCUGUGGAGCGACGAGGGCGGCGGCGCCACGGCCGACGCGGCCCGCGCUCUCUCGGGACUGACGCACUACGACGAUCUGUCAGGCGACGCGUGCGCCCUCUGGGCCACGGGUAUUCGGCACACGCUCCUGACCGGACAACCCAACAUGGCCUCUGCACUUGCCCUCCUGCCGGACUCGAGGCGGCCGGACUGGGAGCGUCGCCUGCAGACUACAGAGGGGCUGUCGCUCGAGCGAGUCCCCGACUGGAGCGUGAGUACGCUCCAGGCAGCCUACGCUUCGCUCUGGCAGGGCAAGGGGCUGAAGGAUACGCUGGAGAAGGCGAUUGGCGCGGGCGGAGAUGGCACGGGCGCGGUGUGUGGGGCUUUCGCGGGCGCCAUCUUUGGCGCAGACGAGGUCAAGCCGGAGUGGAGGGAGAGGAUCAAUGGAUGGCCCGGGUGGAAGGCGGACGACCUCCUCAAGGUCACGGGGGAUAUCCUCGAGAGACAGACGGAGGCGAAGAGGCUGAACAAGUCGGACUCGUGA